AUGACGGGCCAGUCGGCUGCUGAGGGAUCUCCCUGCUCUCAUCGGCUCUCUGCACAAACUCAAGAGGACGAGCAGGACCGAGCAGAGAGUGUGCUCAGCAGGUCUCAGUCUGCGUGUGAUGACACCUCGUCUGAGCUGCAGCGAGUAGCUGCCCUAGAGCCUCAGGAUGCACCGUCCAGAAACUCCUUUAGAGGACGAGGAGCCCUGUCCAGGUUGGUGAGUCUGGUGGUGACUCUGAGAGACUGGGCACACAGGAGUCUGAUAGAGGAGGAGGAGAGACCCGAUUCCUUUCUAGAGAGAUUCCGGGGACCCGAAGUACGAGCUCCACCCAGUCGAAGGAGCAACAACCAACCAGACGCCAAUGGAAACACUAAGGGCAACACAAAGAAGCAAUGGGAGACAUUUAUAGUUUCUCCCUCUGAUGAUAUUUACUACUACUGGCUGUUCUUCAUCGCUGCUGCUGUGCUUUAUAACUGGGUACUGCUUGUGGCAAGAGCAUGUUUUGAUCAGCUGCAGACUGAGAAUCCUGUUGUCUGGCUGGUGUUUGACUAUUUGUGUGACUUUGUCUACAUACUGGAUUCAUGUAUGCGGCUAAGGACGGGUUACCUGGAACAAGGACUUCUGGUGAAGGACUUGGCGAAACUCAGAGACAGCUACAUUCAUACCUUUCAGUUCAAACUGGACGUUAUCUCCAUCCUCCCCACAGACCUGGCGUACAUCAUCUUGGGUAUCAACACACCACAGCUACGCUUCAACCGCCUCUUACGCUUCUCUCGUAUGUUCGAGUUCUUUAAUCGGACGGAGACAAGAACCAACUACCCAAACAUCUUCCGCAUCUGGAACUUGGUUCUCUACAUUCUGGUUAUCAUCCACUGGAAUGCCUGCAUCUUCUAUGCCAUCUCGAAGUCUCUAGGUUUUGGGUCAGAUCAGUGGGUUUAUCCCAACAUCUCAUCCACAGAGGAAGGAGCUCUGAGGCGGAGCUACAUAUACUGCUUCUACUGGUCCACACUGACACUCACCACCAUCGGUGAGAUGCCACCACCCGUACGGGACGAGGAAUAUGUGUUUGUGGUGUUCGAUUUUCUUGUUGGAGUCCUGAUUUUUGCCACCAUUGUGGGUAACGUGGGUUCCAUGAUUUCCAAUAUGAACGCCACACGGGCAGAGUUCCAGGCACGGAUUGAUGCUAUUAAACAUUACAUGCACUUCCGCAAAGUCAGUCGCCAUCUUGAGACACGUGUCAUCAAAUGGUUCGACUUCCUGUGGACGAAUCAGAAAGCAGUGGAUGAACAGGAAGUCUUAAAGAAUCUUCCCGACAAGCUACGUGCAGAAAUUGCUAUCAAUGUUCAUUUAUCUACUCUAAAGAAAGUGCGCAUCUUUCAAGAUUGUGAGGCCGGGCUGUUAGUAGAACUGGUUUUAAAGCUGCGCCCCCAAGUGUACAGUCCUGGCGACUACAUCUGCCGAAAAGGAGACAUUGGAAAAGAGAUGUACAUCAUUAAAGAGGGAAAAUUAGCAGUUGUUGCUGAUGAUGGAGUGACACAGUUUGCAUUGCUAACGGCUGGGGGUUGCUUCGGCGAGAUUAGCAUUCUUAACAUUCAGGGCAGUAAAAUGGGAAACCGGCGGACAGCUAACAUUUGCAGCAUUGGCUACUCUGACCUCUUCUGCCUUUCAAAAGACGACCUUAUGGAGGCCGUAACCGAAUACCCAGAUGCACAGAAGGUUCUGGAGGCACGUGGAAGGGAGAUUCUGAGGAAGCAAGGGCUUCUGGAUGAAAGCACCACACAGGGAGGGUUGCUCGUCAUGGAUACUGACGAGAAGGUUGAACGGCUGGAGAGCUCACUGGAUGUUCUGCAAGCACGAUUUGCACGGUUGCUCGGGGAGUUCACAGCCACUCAAAGCAGACUCAAGCAAAGAAUCACAGCGCUUGAGAGACAGCUGUGUCACACAGGCCUUGGGCUUGUUUCAGAUCAAGAGAUGGACUCUGAGAGUAAUGGUAACUCGCCACGAGCCAACUCGACUACAUAGAUGUGUGCAUCCGCAUCAUGAAGAUUGUGUGCCUCUAUGUCACAGGAUUUUAUUUCUGCACACAAAUUCACAUUUACAGACAUUUGCUUCUUCAAACACAUUCCAACAGCCUCCAGCUUUUAGACUGGUUUUAGACUUGGUUUUUCCAAGUAUUGCCUUUAAUGUUUUUUUUUUUAAAGGA